CGGCGGAGCGGUGCGGGGGCGAGUGUGCCGCUGGCGGGGUGCUGUGACCGACGCCGCGCCCGGCGCCGCUGACCGACGCGGCCCUGCCCGACACGCCGUCAACAUGGAGAAAAUGAAAGUGGCCGAGCAGAGGCCGAAGGUGACGCCGUGCCGGUCGCGGCUGCGUCCGCGCCGCCCGCGAUUCCUGCGCGCCGGCUACCUGCGGAACGCGGCCAGCUUCCUGGCGUUCACGGCCCUGUACGCCGGCGUUAACGUCGUGCUCUUCAGCUGGCGCGUGUGGCAGUACCGGGACCGGUCGCUGCUCGAGCGCAUGGCCAGAGGCACAGGGUUUUGCCUCAACUUCGACUGCGCCGUGGUGCUGUUGCUGGUGCUGCGACGCGUGCUGACCUGGCUCCGGACGAGGCACGUCGGCCAGCUGCUUCCGCUCGAGCACCACAUCUAUCUGCACAAGAUGGCCGGCUGGUCCGUCUACAUCCUCAGCAGCGCGCACACCCUCUUCCACAUGGCCAACUUCGUGAACAUGUCGCAGAGCUCGGGGGUCACGGUGCAGGACUACCUGUUCGACACGUCCAUGGGCAUCGGCUGGUUCGCCGGCUCUGCCAACAUCACGGGGAUCGCGCUUCUCAUCAUUCUUACCAUCAUGGUCAUCUGCUCGCAUCGGGCCGUCAGGAAGUCCGGCUACUUUGAGAUCUUCUACUGGACGCACCUGCUCAGCAUCCCCACCUGGGUACUGCUCAUCCUGCACUCGCCCAACUUCUGGAAGUGGUUCCUGCUGCCGGGCGCGCUGUUCGCGCUCGAGGUGGCCUGCCGGAUCAGCCGGGUGUGCAGUGACCGCGGUCGGUCCACCGUCACCUCCGCCACACUGCUGCCCAGCGAGGUGGUGCGUCUGACCGUGUCACGACCGCCCGGCUUCCUGUUCCACCCGGGCGACUUCUGCUACGUGAACAUCCCGGCGGUGGCCAAGUACGAGUGGCACCCGUUCACCAUCAGCAGCUCGCCGGAGAAUAACGACCAGAUCACCUUCCACAUCCGCGCCGUCGGCGAAUGGACGCGCAGCCUGCACGACAAGGUGCUGGAGGCCUGCCUCAAGUCCUUCCUCUACGACCAGUUUGUGCUGAUGAAGGCCACGGCCACUACGAUGGCGGUGCCGGCCGAGCCGCCGCCGGCCACCGUCGAGGAGGUGGCGCCACCGUCGGCGGCGACGGCGCCACAGCGGCGCUCGGGCGCCACCGCCGUGCUGCCGGCGCACCUGCGGCGGCUUGAGUGGCUGCGCCGCGGCCGCGCCAAUUCUACCAGCUCCACGAAGGGCAUGGUCUCGCGCGACGACAGCGAGGUCGACGAGGUGACGAGAGGCGGCCGCGACAACGCCGGCUUCCAGGCCGAGGAGGAGGCCGAGGAGGCCGGCGCCGCCGGGCUGCGGCCGCCGGCCGAGCGGGCUGAGCCCGGCGAGCCCGGUCGAGACGACUCGAGUCGAGACAACUCGAACCGGGACGGGUGCGCCGGCUGCGACGCGGCGCCGGCGAGCGGGCGGACGGACGGGAUGGAGGGCGCGGCGGAAGCGCCGGCGGAAACCCCGACGCUAUUGGCGCGCCGUGGCGCCAACAAAGCCAGCACGGUCCGGCGCAGGCAGGAGAAGAGUCUACAGCACGGCUCGGUAGACAACAUUAGCUGGAAGAUAAUUCUGGACGGGCCCUAUGGUGCUCCAUCUACCAGCAUCUUCCACGCGCAGCACGCCGUCCUAGUCGGUGGUGGCAUCGGCGUAACGCCCUUCGCUUCCGUCCUCCACUGCAUUGUGGACCGGUACAACGCGGCGCACCGGCCGUGUCCGCACUGUACCGUGCCCACCUGCCUCGAGAUGCCCUCCACCAUGCUCAAACUGAAAAAGGUGGACUUUGUAUGGGUGAACCGGGACAUGCGGAGCUUCGAGUGGUUCCUGGAGCUGCUGCACCAGCUGCGCGAGUCGCAGGAGCGACGCGGCAGCCAGCUGGACAACUUCCUCACCAUGCAGCUGUACAAAACCUCCUCCAUGCCCAUCGUGGGCGCCGUGCCACUGCGUAACGAGGUCAAGCAGGGCCGACCCGACUGGGACAAGGUAUUCAGCCAGAUCCGCGAUCGGAGACAGGGCAAGGUCACGGUGUUCUACUGCGGCCCUCCCACACUGGGGAGCGUCAUCCGAGAGAAGGCGGCCAAGUAUAGCUUCGGCUUCGUCAAGGAGAUGUUCUGAGGCGCCGCAUUAGCCCCUGCGCCUGCUGUGAAAACCUAGUGCCAUAGGACGUGCGAUGAUUCUACCGCGUGAUUGCAGACCAUAUUUAAAUGACCCCUGUGGAGAGCGAGACCCGUGAGUAGUGCUCUGACGAUCCGGCGCGCAUCAGUGAGCGCAUGUGGCAACAAUAUUUACAGUGAGUGGAGGCAGGUGCAAAGUGAUAUGAACGCUUGUGAACCAUGUGUCGCGCGCCUUUACUGGGCUGGAGCGUGCGAAUCGCUGAAUGCUCGACUGCUGUCAGUUGCUCAGCGCUCCUAGUAGCCCAUGCCGACGAAUGAUACCUAGUAUAAGUUGUGUGAUUAAUUACCUAUUCAGACGAGCAGCUGAACACCUCGGUAGUGGCAAAUUUUGUAAGGCUAUGCACAAUGUGUGUGUUUGUAUUCCUGUGAUAAAAUAAAACACUACGUGUUUUCGGCGAAA